AUGGCGCCAUCACCCAGCCCUGGCACCGAUGCCCGCGAGCAUGAGCUCGAGGCUGGCCUCGUGGAGCGCAAGACGGAACAGUCUCUGCCGCUUCCCGCCCAGCCGCCCAAUCAGUCAUCCUUCAUCAGCGAGCAGCUUCAUCCUGCAUUGUAUAUUGCCUUCUGGAUUGCGACCAGCUCAGGCGUCAUUCUAUUCAACAAAUGGCUUCUUGCCACUACCAAUUUUCCUCUCUUCCUCACCACAUGGCACAUGACGUUUGCCGCUGCCAUGACGCAGCUCAUGGCUCGCUACACAACUUUGCUAGAUUCAAGACACAAUGUGCCCAUGGAUUUUGACACGUACAAGCGAGCCAUUCUCCCCAUUGUCGUCUUCUUCAGCCUUAGUCUGAUCGGAGGCAAUCUCGCUUAUCUCUACCUUAGCGUCUCCUUCAUCCAGAUGCUCAAGGUAAAUACCAUCGCAUCCACUUCAGUCGUUACGCUUUUGGCGACUUGGGCAUUCAAAAUUGUGCCACCAAACUUCAAUGUGCUCGGAAACGUCGCUGUCAUCGUGCUGGGGGUUGUCAUUGCUUCGCUCGGCGAGAUCAAAUUUCACUUGUUGGGAUUUCUAUUUCAAGCAUGCGGCAUCAUCUUCGAAGCUCUGCGCCUCGUCAUGGUCCAGAGACUCCUCAGCUCGCCCGAGUUCAAGAUGGACCCCAUGGUCUCCCUAUAUUACUACGCCCCAGCCUGCGCCCUCAUCAAUGGUGCCCUCAUGGCCAUUGUUGAGGUCCCGCGCAUGAAGUUGGCUGAUUUUGCCAGCGUUGGUGCUCCAUUAUUCCUUGUCAAUGCCAUUGUUGCAUUCUUGCUCAAUGUCUCCACCGUUCUUCUGAUUGGCAAAACAUCGGCCGUCGUCUUGACCAUGUCAGGCAUCCUGAAAGAUAUUCUCUUGGUCAUCUCGUCGAUGCUGCUCUUCCGAGAUCCCGUCACCGGCCAGCAGUUUGUCGGCUAUUCUAUUGCACUAGGCGGCCUGGUCUACUACAAGCUGGGCAGCGACACUCUAAGAGUCCUUGCACAAGAAGCGACUCUGAGGGUCAACAACGUACGGCAGAACCACCCCGCAAGGUUGAGAUAUGCCAUCAUUGCUGCUGUUCUGUUUUCUCUAUCUUUGCUGUGGUUGUCAAUGCGCACAUCCGCGCCGUGA